UGGCACGCCUCCUGUAGGAAGGGCGCAGUCCAGAUAGCUAGCUGGCUAGCUGUGAUCAACAAAACGAUGUCGGUAAACCUCAGUAAAAAUGGCUCUGCGUUAACAGCCGCCUAUAAAGAAGUAGUAGACGAAAAAUCCAACACAAACUGGGCCUUGUUCACUUAUGAGGGAAACAGUAAUGACAUCCGUCUGGCAGAAACAGGAGAUGGAGGACUUGAGGAGCUGGUUGAAGAACUCAACAGUGGAAAAGUUAUGUACGCUUUCUGCCGGGUCCAGGAUCCCAACUCUGGUCUGCCCAAAUAUGUCCUCAUUAACUGGACUGGAGAGGGAGUCAAUGAUGCCAGGAAAGGAAUAUGUGCAAAUCACGUCAGCUCCAUAGCCAAUUUUCUGAAGGGGGCUCAUGUCACAGUUAAUGCCAGAGCAGACGAAGAUGUGGAACCUGACGUGAUCAUGCAGAAGGUGGCUAAAGCGUCAGGAGCUAACUACAACUUCCACAAAGAAACCUCCAGCCGCUUCCAGGACAGUGGUCCUCAGGGGCCUGUGGGAUCAGUGUACCAGAAAACCAACGCUAUGUCGGAAAUCAGGAAGACCAAUAAAGACAACUUCUGGGCACAGGCAGAGAAAGAAGAGGAGAAACGCCGGCUGGAGGAGCGACGCAAAGCCGAUGAGGAGCGCCAGCAUCUGGAGAAGGAGAGGAAAGACAGAGAGGCCAAGGAGGCGGCGCUGAGGGAGAAACGAGACAAGGAGAGAGCUUCUCAAAUCGAACAGCAGAAGAAGUACCAGCAGAAGCUAGAAGCUGAAAGUAAAGAGCAGGAAAAACAACGCUGGGAGGAGGAGGAGAACCAGGAAACCCAGAGGAAAGCAGUCAGGAGAGGGGAGUCUGUGGAAAAGGCCAAUGAGGCGGCGUCUCUCAUCUCUCAGCGUGCCAUGAACCCCAGGGAGAUGUUCAAACAGAGGGAGCAGGGAAUGCCAGCCACUGACUCUGCUGCCCCUAUCAGCCCUCAGCCAGGGCGUCUGCACAGCCCCUUUCUGUCUAAGCAAGCGAACGAAUCGGAGCGAGCCAGCUCCCCUCAGCGCCGAGCUGCUUCUCCUCCUGUAUCAGCAGGCUCUGCCUCUCCUGUCCGCACCACAGAGCCUGAUGUGGAUGAUGGCCAGUCCAGGUGUGAGUAUGAGGAGCAGGAGGCGCCUCCCCAGGAGACGUUUAAAGAGGAGACUCCAGCUGCCAACUCGUAUGUUCAAGAGCCAGCUCAUGAAGAACCUGCUCCGGUGGAGGAGACUAACAUCUAUGAAACGACUGUGGAGGAAACCUCAGACAGAGGCAUCUGUGCCAGAGCACUGUAUGACUAUCAGGCUGCCGACGACACAGAGAUCUCUUUCGAUCCAGACGAAAUCAUCACCGGAAUCGAAAUGAUAGACGAGGGCUGGUGGCGAGGAUACGGUCCAGACGGUCAUUUUGGGAUGUUCCCCGCUAAUUACGUAGAGCUCAUCUAACCCCUCCCCCUCCAGAUCAUGACCGUGUCGGUCCCAGGGGACCUCUGCAGUAAAAUGACAAAGAGUGAAGUCAGUCCUCAAGUGAUCAGGCUGAAAAGGAGCAAAUGAGCCUCCUCCACCUCAUGGACCAACAAACAUGGUAACUGUGGGCCAGAAACUUUGGAAAUCCCUUCUUCAUUUUGAGGAACCAGUUUAAUUAAAAUAUAGAUUAAUGUUCAGCAGUUUAUGGCAUAGUUUAAGGAUUUGUGAUCCGAUCCCACCCACCCCCAGUCCUCUCCCUGGCCAAAACAGUCGUCUUGUCUGUAAACGUGAUGCAGUAAAACAUCAGUUUGAAUUUCAGUUGUGAGCAUUAUUGGCACUUCUAAUUCACAUUCCUUACAAAGUGGCUUCAGUUCUGUUUCAGCUAUAUUUUAGUUGUUACGUGUAGCAUUUGAUCCUGUUCAUUUCAGGAAGAAAAGAAAGAUUAGGGUACCAGCUAUAGCCUGAUCUUUUGCCUUUCUUUACCGGCAGACUGAAUUAUCUUUUAUAUAUAUAAAUAUAUGUGACUGAACUCAUAUCCUGUGUGAAUUUUCAAAUGUGUGCUGAUCUGACGUGAAUAUUUAAACAGACGGAUAUUUGCUUUGUUCUGGCCUUUUGAAUUCAGUAGGGCAAUCCAUAAAAUGGCCAAGUUCCCUUUUUUCACCCCCAACUGUGAGUAAAUAAAAGUUUUCAUUUCAAGUCCUUCCUCAUUUGAACCACAAAAUGUCAGCAGCUGUAACUUUUCAGGGAUGGGCUGAGAAGAACACACAAGUCAGCAUUUGAUUUGAGUCUGUUGAUUUUUGCCUGCAGUAGCUGUUCUCUGAUGCUAAGACGUGAUUUUACUGUGCAUUAUAACGACGGGUUGUGAAUCUGAUACUCCUGCUGAUGAUUGUUGGCAUUUUAAUGACACAUUUGAACAGGAUUGACUGCAGACUUUAUGCACUGCUUCCAUCAUGCAACAAAAUGCUUUGUUUUUUGUAUUUUUUUUUUUUUUUCAUUUUUGUCUCUGAAGCCUCUAAGUUAGCUGAUCGCGCAGAGAAAGAGGGCAUUGUAUUCAUUGUUGUUGUUUUUUUCCACAGUCUAUUGUAACGGCAGAAGUUCUUCUAAAUAAAAGAAAUCAGCAAACUGUC